UUCCUCUUUUGUAUUGAGUACUUCUCUAGGUUACUCAACAAAAGGGCUAAAGUAGGUGGCUUUAACUAUCACAAGGAUUGUGCAGCACUUGGGAUUACGCACUUGGCUUUUGCUGAUGAUCUUAUGUUGUUCUCUAGAGGGGAUUCCCAUUCUGUGCAGGUUUUAAUGGAUGCUUUGGACCAUUUUUCAAGGGUGUCUAGCCUAACCCUUAAUCCUACUAAGUCCAACAUCUUCCUUGCUGGUAAAUACAGGGAUGUUAGCCAAAAUAUUCUAGGUCUUGCCUCCUUUCCUCGCGGUCAGCUUCCUGUUAGAUAUCUGGGUCUCCCUUUGGCCUCUCAAAGGAUCUCUGAGAGUGAUUUUGCCCCUCUGGUCAAAACUGUUGAUGGUUUUCUGUCUAAAUGGAGCACUUUGAAGUUAUCCUAUGCUGGCAGACUGGAACUGAUUAGAGCAGUGGUACAGGGAGUCCAAUCCUUUUGGCUCCAGGCCUUUCCUGUCCAGAAAUAUGUGCUUGACCGUAUCACCUCCAUGUGUAGAGACUUCCUUUGGGGCAGCAAACUUGCCAAGGUUGCAUGGGUUGAUAUUUGCAAGCCAAGGGAGGAAGGUGGUUUGGGUCUGAAGGACGCCAAUACCUGGAAUAAUGCUCUGUUGUGCAAACUUCUGUGGAACCUGGCAGCUAAGAAGGACACCCUUUGGGUCAAAUGGGUUCACAAUGUUUACAUUCAGGGUGAGAACCUGUGGCAGUGGCAGCCCAAGAAGAGACACUCUGUCUUCUUCAAAAGGCUUGCUUAUGUGCGUGACCUUUUGGUUCAAAAGCUUGGUGACCUUCAUCCUUCUAUGGAAGAGGCUAUGAAACCCUUUUGCUUGGCAGGUAACCUUAUUCCAAGAAAGGUUUAUGAUUUGUUUAGGGCUAAAGCCAACCCGAAGCCUUGGAUGGCUUUCAUUUGGCAAAGCUAUAUUCCUCCUAAGUGCUCCUUUACGUUGUGGCUGGCACUUAAGAGGAGGCUGCCCACCAAAACUAACUUGGAAUUCCUCGGUUUGCCGAUGGACUGCACCUUCUGUGGACAUGGGUUGGAAGAUGUGGACCACCUGUUCUUUAGCUGCCAGUUCUCUAAAGAAGUUUGGGACAAUAUCAAGACUUGGCUAGGUAUGGAAGGACACCUGAGUACCCUCACCAGAACCAUCAGAUGGCUGAAGGCUUUUAGGCGAGGGGAUGGGAUCCUCAAGAAGGCGAGAAGGAUUG